UGGAAGUUUACAUAUGCGUUGAUCCCUAGAUCCCUGUUCAAUGUUUCGACUUGGUGAGGUGUUAAGGAAAGCUGAAGUGGAACUGCAAUACAUACACAAAUAUGAUUCUUAUCAGUCGGCGAUUGGAAAAACACACAUAUUCACCGUAAGACGGCGGCAUGCCACGUGAAAUGAAAUUCGAAUAAUGGUAUUUUGGGAGCAAAUGGAGAGGAGACCGAGAAGGUCGGUUGUAAUUCCAAUUUUUCCGUCCGUGUCCAAGACCGAGAGUGUACUUCUCCUUUGCCAGUUUUUCAGUUUAUCUUUUGUUAGUUGGGCGGUGAGUUUGUUUGUUUGUUUGUCUGUCUGUGUGCCUGUUUGCGAGUGGGCGUUGCAAUCAAGUGCCAACAAAGUGCUUGUCGAGCGUUAAUUACAAGUGAAUUAAUUGAAGGUGCGUCUUCGCACUGAGUUGGUUCCAUAGAUAACCAUCUUGCGGCUGCCAGCGUUGCCUCAACUAUGAACGGGGAAAAAAAGCUCACCAAUCUCGUAGGUUUCAUAAUGUUAAUUAAUAAAAUUUCCAAUAAUAUACAACAACUUUCAUAGCGUUGAACACCUGCGAAGAGUACGUCGCAUUCUUCGCUACUACAUUCAUAAAGCCCAAUGAAAUUUGUGCCGUGGUAACCCACUUCCCACUGAACAAAACAGCAUUUUAUGUAAAGUAAUUGUAAAUAUUUGAGCAAGGAAUUAUCUGACGAGCGAGAGUUCUCUGUGGAAAAACAAAGCGAAAACAAAACUUCAACAAGGCCGCAACCAAAUACAUGGCAGCUAUAAAGCAACAACAGCAACGCCGACGAUGGCGACAAUAAAAUUGUUUGAUUUUGAAAAUCAAAACCCAUUAAGAAUGCUCAGCCACCAAUCCCAGGUGAAACGGGGUUUCAAGGGGGGCUUUUGAUAUCGAGAACAGUGCGGUGCCCACAAGAAUGCCGUAAACCUUACUUUUUAUGAGAAUUGCCUAUGGCUUAUCGCUCGCUAAAGGCCCGUAUCAGCCGCAUAUAUUUAGGCCUUAUGACUUAACCUUAGCAGGGCAAAGUACACAUAUUAAGCCGAUACCACACUAUCAAUAUCUAACCGAUAUUAAUUUGAUUAAAGAAAUUAAGUAAAAAGGCCAUUUCGUAAGCAUCCAUCCCACCCCAAGAACUUACCUACCGGAAAAUGUGACUCCAGGCUUAGUUCAUAGAUCUUCCUACGUAUUUCCCACCGCCUUGCCAGUUAAAUGGGCCGCAGUGACUGCUUCUAAAUCCGAAAAGGCGGCUUACGUGUCAUCUAGCGUUUAUCUCGCAACUGUCAUAAUAGCUAGCAUUAUAAAUUCCCGUUUCUUCGCUGUUCUUCCGAUAAAUAGAAACCACAACUAAUAUGUUUGCAUUUGUCUGGCUAUCAGCUUUUUCUAUCGGCUGGAAAAAUCAUAAAAAUGUGCUCGAAGAAAAUAUGGAAUCCACAGAGUUAAUCCGCCGGACGUUUCUGAUAAGAAAAGCAACCUAGCGAACGUUCUUAUCGGAACACAGUCUGCAAACGUCAAGCGCCGGGUUGUUGUUGUUGCUAUUUCAGCUACCUGGCUUACGUCCGUCCCCUAAAGCGUGAUAGCACGCAGUGAGAGCGGGACGGUAGACCGCUCUGCUUUGUUUGCAUUGUAAUUAAGGCAAGGGGUGCAGAGGCGUGAGGAAUCCAUCAGGGCGGUAUUGAAAACGACUUAACGCUGAUAGUGUCAAACUAAAUUCAGAAAGCUGCUGCCAUUACUUUUGUUGUUCCUGCUCAGCGCUCAGUGACUUUGAAGUCCGGCGCUUGGCGAGAAUAGACACAACACUCAAGCAAAGGCUUGCGCGCUAUCAAGACAUAUAAACACAAAGAAUACUUUAAAAUUGAUGGACGGAUGAUGUAAACGUAUAUCCAAAUAGUUUUUGAAGUGAUUGUUGUUCAUGCGAAUUGAUCUUUUCGCUGGAACUUGGGACCUGUCCUUAUUCCAUUCCCAUAAUGAUGGGUAGGGCAGUUGCAAUGUUGGCGAAAACAAUUUGACAGGGCUGAAAAUCAGACGAAGCCCAGAUAAACACACAGAAAAUACAUACAUGAAAAAAAACCCAAAAACAAUUAGUUCAUUCCAGCAGUGGCGGCUUAUGCGUUAUUUUUUAUUUUCUGCUGCUUCGGCUGCUGGCACACGCAAAAAAUGCGGCAACGUUUUUCAAAUGCAUUCCCAGCCACUCAGCGAAUGAGAAGCGAAAGUGGGAAGCAGGAGAAGAAGAAGCGAGUUGAUGGCGAAGAACGAAAGAAGAAAAAGCAGCAGGAUAGGCAACUGGAAUGUCAGAGUCACUGGGGAAGUGGAAGAUUAGUGGAGAAUAUGCUAUCUAUCAAAUACACACUGUCUUGCUGAAUAUAAAAAAGCCAAACUUAUCUUUAGUUUAGUAUCUAACUUUAGCUAAAUACUCACUUAAAUUGAUACAAACUAAUAUUUGAGCCAUUAAAUUCGAAAGGGUAUCUGAAAGGUGCCAAUAGAAAAAGCGUCCACUAAGCGACGAACCUCAAAGGCAGGUUUGUAUCCUAAGUCUUUUGUUUCGCUUUUAUGCAGCGCAGCAGGAUGUUGGAGAUGACGUUGGGAUGUGGUUGUUUCUGGCGUGGUAUUACGCACUGUUGCUGUUCUUGUUGUUCCUCGUAAUUACAUGGCAAUUAACUUAAUGGAACUGCGCCCCUGCGCUCGUGUGAAUUGACCCGAACGCUUCCUUCCCUCGCCGUCCAACUCUGUGAUCUCUUUCUUCGAGUCUAAACAAUAAAAAAGAAAGGGAAAUAAGUAAAAACAGACGGCACGUUGCAUGUAGAGUCGGCAAAGUGCAGCUUAUUUCGGUAAUGCCGCCUGACAAAAUGUCAGAUCAGCAGACGGCAGCGUAUACAUUACCUUCCGCAAAGCCAAUACAAUUCCACGGCAUGUCAGGUCUCCCUGUUCCCGGUUCCCGAUCGCCAAGCUCUAAAUCCCUCCAGAGACCGUCGAAGUAUCUUUAGACGAGGACAGGACUGGUCAAACAUGUGCCAAUUGUAUUGCCUACGUAGCCGCAGAACCUCACUGAGCCCCAGAGAUCUGGGCCAGCUGAAGUGCCUUUGGGCCUUAAAGAGCCCCCGGCCCGCAGAUUGCUGCCGCAGAUUAUCUAGCUUGGCAACGGAACGAAACAGCCGUAGUCAGCGACUUAAAAGCAUUAUGUGCGGUGAAUACAGCAGGGAAUAAAUUAAGUAUAGUACUCUUACCCCCUCAAUAUAUCUUUGAAAAAUAUGUUCGGCCAAUGAUAAAAAGUAUUCGCAAUAGUAUCUAAAAAUAUGUUACGGCAAAUGAAAUCUGUGAUGCAUUUAAAAGAGUCUGUUACAUUUUUCGGACAAUUCACAUUUCAAACCAAACAUUCAAUUCCUAAGUCAAAAAAAAGUAGUUAAUGGUGUGCCUUUCGGUGUUCGGCGGAUGCCUCAAUAUCUUCAGGCAAUUGGCGAGGAGCUCCUUUGGUGCAUUCCGCUCGACGAAGUCUGCCUUUGAAUGACAAUCCACUGCAGUCAAAAUGUCAAUUAAUUGUGAGACGACAGCCGUACGUCGUCGGCAUCUCUUGACAGUUCUGGCAGCGAUCACGUUGCGAGGGGAAUGAAAAAGUCGGCUAACACGACUAGCUACAAAACAAUCGAUCCGUAUCUUUGGAGUAAGGACAAUCUAAGCUAGGGCUAAUGAAGAAUGACAGAUCCAUAGUAUGCUUAUCUGCAUAUGCCGGUCCUGAUGGCUCAGGAGAACAUCAAUAGUUCGGUGUGUUAUACCGAACGCAAAUGAAGUCACCGAUCUGGAGUUAUGAAUCUACUUAGCAGCAUACUACUUUAUACAAUUCACAGUCUCCUGCCAACUUUUCUGCGUUUUUUGAACGCCCAGUCAUGAAAUUAAGUCGCUAGCUGUGAUCACCGUUCGCUAAUUGCAAACGCUUUCGUAGCGUAUUAAAUCAGUCGACUUUGAAGUUGUGCCGCAAGUGAGUCUGGCUGACAGUCACCUCUGAACGCCCCACCAACCUCAGGCAUCUGGCAAACAGCUGUCAAUUCGCAUCAAACCGCUCAAGUCCGCCAACGAGCAGCCAAACGGCAUCUAAAUAAAACAAAGCCCAAACCAAAUAAGCAAUCCAAAAAAACUUAAGAAGAUAACCGAGCGCUUUGGACACCUAUUUACGUAUUAAACUACAUUCGGUCGAAAGAUACACCCCUUUUAAUUCAGCGACUUAUCUCUAAGAUGUGGUAUAUCCGCAGCGAAUGAACUGACCAAACUUGAAUUUAAGACGUCAAGAGGUGCGUCAAGGGGAGAUCUCACUGUCUGUUCAACUAUCCAUGAGUCUUUGUCGUGUGUGCGGCCUUUUCAGCGGCAUUUCGCAACACUUGUCACACUGACAGCCGGCAAAUUGUUUGAGGCCUCCAAUCCGCUUGCAAGUCGAAAGCCAAAACUAGAUGCAUCUGGCAGAUACAGAUAUCGCUCACUCAUCCGGGAGGGGGGUUCCCCAAGUGGCGGCGGUCAUUAAAAGGGGUUGGCUGCAGGGGGGGCUAAAGAUGGAAUGAAAGAAAUCCGAAUCUUUACAGCUCUCUAUUUUUAUACCCGUUACUCGUAGAGCAAAAGGGUAUUCUAGAAUCGUUGAAAAGUAUGUAACAGGCAGAAAGAAGCGUUUCCGACCAUAUAAAGUAUUUGUAUAUAUUCUUAAUCGGUCCGUCAGUAUGAACCUCGAGAUAGCGGGAACUAUAAAAGCUAAAAGAUUGAGAUUGAUCAUACAUCUUAUUCCUAUGGUCUGGAACAAGUUGUCAAAUUUGGAACAAUCAUCCGGAAAAGCUAGAGAAAAAGGAACACUUUGAAAUAGGAAAAUUUAAAAAUAAAGUAAAAAAAUAAAAUGUCUGGAAGCGAUAUCGCGGGAAUUAAACUUACCAGUGGACCGACGAGUCUGAGGAGCAGGAUCCUUGUGAGAAACCUACCCCCUUGCACCCGUGAGGAGCUGUCUUUACUCUGCUAUUCCCUCGGCACAAUCCUUGGCUCGCUGGUGAUCGAUAACCACGGGUUUAUCCAGUUUGCUACGGAGAGCGAGGCCACCCGCGCCAUUGAGGAGCUCGACCAUUCUACCUUCAAAUCGAAGGUUAUCCUUGUCUCGAACGCCAGCUUCCGUUCCCUCAAAGCCAGUUGCUGUGUCUAUGCUCCCCAGAAAAAGAAGAGGAUGGUCGAGUGGUCUGAUGCCGAUGACGUUGUCGUCAUGGAGCGGAACGAAGAUGAGGACGAUGAAGACGAGGAUGACUACGAAAGCGAUAACGAAAAAGGCCAGGGUGACAAGCACGAAUCGUGCACACACAAGAGGAAAAGAUAUACGAACUUCAAAAACACGAAGUAAAAGAAGAAUAGUCAGAGUGCGUCCGAAGAGGCAAAUCUGUAGAAAAAGAACACACAUACACCAACUCUUGUAAAAAACAGCGCACAAACUUUCUACAAGAGCACAAAAGCUGCCUUCAAGAGGAACAGUUCGAACCUCUACAAGAAGAAAGCACCAACUGUGUCCUGCACGGACACAUCAACAUAAUUCAUCUCCUAUAUUCGUCCGAAAUUUGCUCUGAAAUAAAAUGGAAGCAUUCAUCCUUCA